AUGGGCGCUGAACGCAAGGCCUACGUCCUUGCUGCCCUAUACCAGGCCACAACUGCAGACAUCGACAACUAUAAGAGGUCAUUACAUGAGUGUGACAAGUCAUUAAAUUGUUUCCCGUCUUCCAACCCCAUCAGCUGGGUCAAUCCUGCCAAAUACAGCAAGUACCUUGAACGCAAGGACCAGGAGGAGCUUGAAGGUGUGUAUUGCCAGCCUUCUGCCGAACAGGGACCGGAUCCAGAAGUCAUGUGCAAGCGUGCAAGUCAACAACAGAUGGUGGAGGAAGUGAUGGAUGCAGACAACUUACCCAGUUGGCAUAUCCAUUCUCCAAAUCUCCCUUCGACCUUCCCUUCCAUCACCGCCACCGAUGUCCCUCCGAAUCCAGUUACUUGGAACAGCAAGCAUUGGAAACGGCCUCAGAAUGAUGGGAAAUACCUUAUCUCAACGAAGGAGUCUGUUGACCAGCUUGUCAAUUGGGACUACAAAGACGUUCCGGCGCACUUCCCACCCGCCUUGCACAACACUGGCUACAUCAUCAAUUUCCGAAACCAUCCCCUUGCAUUUGAGAAGAACAUGGGCUCGGACACACUGCAAGGAUUUGAUCGCCUGGUGAAGCUUAUGGUGAGCUUCCUGCUUCAUGUGUUCGUUCAAUGUUCAUGUGGAUUGGCCCAGGAUCACGAUUCCUGGAGCUCUGGUACCAAUGGCAGUGCUUCACGGACGACUCGGGUCCUCCUUCCCGGGCAGUCCACCCCAAUUCCCAUGCGCCGCUCCGACCACAAGUGCUCCGGAGCACUUGUCUGCUCUUUCUUCCAAACUGAUCACCUCGCCAACGAUCAACAUCGCGAGGCUGAUCUUAGUCGAACACUCCACAUCCACAACCUCGAGCUUGAACAAUAA